GCCCGCACCCUCCGCAACUGCCAGUCCUUUUUCUUUUGUGACUUCCACUGUCCCUCAAUUGCACAAUGGUCAAGUCUACAAAGGACUCGACACGAUUUACGGCGACUGGAGUAUGGGCACAUACCAAGCCAGGCGGCCGAACGACAACGCUUCAAUUCGCGGAGCCAGCGCCCAGAAAUGAAACGCCACAGCAAAAAGUGAAGAGAUUGAGGGAGGCUGCCAACAGAGCGAAAAUGGCACAGGUCACCAAAUGGGAUGUCAUGUACUUCUAUGGGAGAAUGGGUGCAGAUUUCGCACACAGAGCUGCGGUGUAUGGAAUUGUUUUUGCGACAGGCUGCAUUGGUGUUCUCGCCGUCUUCUCAAUAGGAGACAUGGUUGUCUACAAUCGUCGAAAGCGUGCAAUCUAUUUCCAGCAACAAGAAGAGGAACAAGCGAAGAUUCUCGCUUCGGCUCGAGCCGCUGUCGCCUCGGGCUAUGCGUCGCCUGCCCAGACCGCAUUGGUUGAAGGAAUUCGAGAGGAGGAGGAGGCAAUGGCACAAAAGAAGAAGGAGAGGAACGUUGGAUCAAGGAUGUUGUGGUGGUUGCAUGGUGACUGGAAAGAAGACAAGGCACUGAAGGAACAAAGGAUGCUGGCCGUCCAAGAUGUCAAGAACGAGCAGGCAAAUCUGGGCAUCACCCAAGCUGUGCAGGAGGCCAGGUCGAAUAUUUCGGAGUCAAGUACUGCAGUCGUGCCAGAUGGUGGACCACUAGAUCAGGUUGCAGCAAAUGCGGCUAAGUCCGCAGAGGAAACCAGUAAGGGUUGGUUCGGAUGGGCGAGCGGUGGCUCCAAAAAGUCGGAUCAAUGAUCUAGUGGGACUGGCGGUGUCGCGUCGUUGAGGGCCGGAGGUGGUUAUCUUCCGUGUAUCAUAAUUGAUCUCCUAGCUUGUACAGUCUGUACGCUAUUGUUCUACUAUCUGUAUUGCAUUAUGGCGUCACGGAGGCAUAUAUUGCAUGUAGAUGAGCUUAGCUUGGGUAUCUGUAAAAUUUCAUCCAUGAAUUUAUGUU